CAUCCCCUGUACUAUCCACAGUCUCUGGUCAUCCCUGUACUGUCCGCAGUCUCUGGUCAUCCCUGUGCUGUCCGCAGUCUCUGGUCAUCCCUGUGCUGUCCGCAGUCUCUGGUCAUCCCUGUGCUGUCCGCAGUCUCUGGUCAUCCCUGUGCUGUCCGCAGUCUCUGGUCAUCCCUGUGCUGUCCGCAGUCUCUGGUCAUCUCUGUGCUGUCCUCAGUCUCUGGUCAUCCCUGUACUGUGUCCGCAGUCUCUGGUCAUCCCUGUACUGUGUCCGCAGUCUCUGGUCAUCCCUGUACUGUGUCCGCAGUCUCUGGUCAUCCCUGUACUGUGUCCGCAGUUUCUGGUCAUCCCUGUACUGUGUCCGCAGUCUCUGGUCAUCUCCUGUACUAUGUCCUCAGUCUCUGGUCAUCUCCUGUACUGUGUCCGCAGUCUCUGGUCAUCCCUGUACUGUGUCCGCAGUCUCUGCUCAUCCCCUGUACUGUGUCAGCAGUCUCUGCUCAUCCCCUGUACUGUGACCGCAGUCUCUGCUCAUCCCCUGUACUGUGUCCGCAGUCUCUGCUCAUCCCCUGUACUGUGACCGCAGUCUCUGCUCAUCCCCUGUACUGUGUC